UGGGAGGCGCGUGACGGGGAACAUGAGCGGCACGCGGAGUCCCUGAGAAGCCGGCGGGUUGACCGUCACGGCACGGAGAGUCCAGCGGCUGCACCGGUGAUGUUUAACGGCGGUUUGCGGUCCGAGGUUUAGCAUCGCGGUGCGUAAAGACCGCGCGCGCGGCUAUCAUGAGCGUCGCUCUGAAGAGCUGGAGGGCCAAUGAAGGACCCAAACACUUGAUCAUGAUGUUUUGGAUUGCAGUCAAUGUCUUCCUGUUCUGGAGAACAUUCAUGAUGUACUUCAGCGGAGCGCAGUAUUAUUAUCUACACAAGAUGCUGGGGCUGGGCCUCUGCAUCAGUCGAGCAUCGGCCUCUGUUCUAAACUUUAACUGCAGUCUGGUACUGCUGCCGAUGUGCCGAUCACUGCUUACCUUCCUCCGAGGAUCACAGCGGGUGACGGGUAGAUGUGUUCGUCGGCUGCUGGAUAAGAGUAAGACGUUUCAUGUGGCAUGUGGAGUCACUAUAUGCGUCUUCUCAGUGGUUCAUGUGAGCGCUCACCUCGUGAACAUGGUCAGUUUCUCUGUGAGAUAUUCAGAGGAUUUCCCUGCACUCAAUGUCGCUCAGUAUCGAGGACAGGAUCCCAGAAUUCUCAUCAUAAGCACAGUUCCUGGAGUUACUGGCGUUCUGUUGGUGCUGGUGUUGUUUCUGAUGUUUACAGCGUCGUCUUAUUGUAUUAGAGUCUCAAGCUACGAGAUUUUCUGGUACACUCACAACCUCUUCAUCGUGUUCUACAUUAUUCUGAUGCUCCACGUAGCAGGGGGAGCUUUAAAGUAUCAGUCAAACGUGGAGGCCCGCCCACCCGGCUGCACACACAACAAUCUCAGUUCAUGGACCAAUCACAAAGCAGCAGGAGAGAAGGGGGCGGAGUUUUCAGGUGCACCACAAACAGUUUGUCAAGAAGAGGCUCAUUUUCAACCCCAUUUUCCUCAGACGUGGUUGUGGGUCUCAGCUCCUCUCUGCCUGUACUGUGCCGAGUGGUUGUAUCGUUUCAUAAGAAGCAGCACUGCUCCUGUUACCAUAGUUUCUGUCGUUAGUGAUCCAUGUGAUGUGGUAGAAUUGCGCAUGCUGAUGAGCGGCUUUAAGCCCCGCCCUGGACAGUACAUCGUGCUGAACUGCCCGAGUGUGUCGUCAUUUGAAAACCAUCCCUUUACUCUUACCACAUGUCCAACAGGGAAGAAUGAAACAUUUGGUGUUCAUCUCAGAGUGCUGGGAGACUGGACCUCGAGAUUUUCUCAGCUGCUGCUUCAAAAGUCGAACAGCUCUGAGAUCCUUCCCAUGAUGCAACAGAGGAGAUACCCCACAGUGCAUGUGGAUGGUCCAUUUGGCAGCCCGUCAGAGGAGGUGUUUAAUUACGAGGUCAGCCUGUGUGUGGCGGGAGGGAUCGGAGUCACGCCGUUCGCUUGUGUUUUACAAGCAUUAUUUGAUGACUGGCGUCAGUAUAAGUUGAGGAGGCUGUAUUUCGUUUGGGUUUGCAGGGACCUUCAGUCUUUCUAUUGGUUUGCUGAUCUGCUGUGUGGCCUUCGUGAGAGGCUGUGGCGGGACAAUCGGCCAGAUUAUCUGAAUGUUCAGCUCUACCUCAGUAACACUCGGGGAUUACAGAGCAUCGGUGAGGAACGUUACCGUUUUUUGAGCUCCAGGCUUCGGAUUGGUCGGCCAAAAUGGAAGCUCCUUUUCCAGGAAAUAGGGAGAGCCAAUCAGCUUAAAAGAGUGGGGGUUUUCUGCUGUGGACCCAAAGGGAUCUCUAAAGCGUUACACACGCUAUGCAAUUCAAACCCACACACAGGAACUGCAUUUGAGUACAACAAAGAGACCUUCAUCUGAGGGAUGCAAGCAAACCCAUCGUUUAAUGCCAAAUGAAAAGCCAUUAGAGUCUCUGACACUGAGGAAUGAAGACAGGAGAAGACAAAUGUGGAUGAAGAUGUCUGGAAUUCAUGCACCACAUCCUCGUCUAAAAAUGAAUCCUUGGACAAAGAGAUGGAGAGCCGGUAAACAGUGUAAUGAGAUGGAAAACUUGCACAAUUACGUUCUUAUUCAGGGAAUAUUUGUGAUUCUGCAUGUAGUUUGUCUACAUGAACCUGCACAACGCUUGAUAGACCCUUAAAUGAAUAGUU